AACAUCUCUAAUAGUAAUACUCGUACAAUUAAACGAAUUAUCAAGGAUUAUCGUUCAUAAGCGUUUUCCGUAGCCACUAACCCAUGGAAGUUCUGCAACUCUUGGCUCCUCAUCAUGGAAAUAUACUGCCUUUAUUUGAACGUUCUUUGUGUACAUGGAGGAAACCACUCAAGCUAAGGCUCUUCAUUGGCCAUGCAAGGCAUUCAUAUUUAAGUAACCUGAAAUCAAGGAGGAUAAACUCCAUUUCUUGCUCGACUAAUUCAGAGAAGGAGCCAUCUAAUACUUCAGAUAUACAACUACCAAAUGCCAAAGUGAUUUACAGUGUUGCUUCUGCCACCGGGCAUAAUCAGGAGUCACAUCCAGAGUCUAACCUCAGAGUUCCCGCAAUUGUUGAUACUCUUGAAAAGUUGGAGCUUACUCCAAAGUAUCGCAACUCAGAAAUAAUUGAGCUCAAGCAUUUUAAUCCGGCUUCAGUGGAAGAUAUAAGUAGUGUUCAUGAAAGAGCCUAUGUAUUAGGGCUUGAGAAGGUGAUGGAAAAGGCUUCAGAACAAGGCAUUCUUUUAAUUGAGGGGUCUGGACCAACAUAUGCCACGGCCUCUACAUUUCAGGACUCAUUGCUUGCAGCUGGAGCAGGAUUGGCUGUUGUUGAUGCCGUGGUGGCUGCAUCUAAAAAGUCUCCAGAGCCUCCAUCUGGAUUUGCUUUGAUAAGGCCUCCUGGUCACCAUGCUGUUCCAACGGGGCCUAUGGGCUUUUGUGUUUUCGGAAACAUUGCUGUCGCUGCUCGCUAUGCUCAGCGAAUUCAUGGAUUAAAACGUGUUUUCAUCAUUGAUUUUGAUGUUCACCAUGGCAAUGGCACGCAUGAUGCAUUUUAUGAGGACCCAGAUAUAUACUUCCUUUCAACUCAUCAGGAUGGGAGCUACCCAGGUACGGGAAAAAUUCAUGAGGUAGGCAGUGGCCAAGGGGAAGGAACUUCUUUGAAUUUGCCAUUGCCGGGAGGAUCUGGAGAUGUUGCUAUGAGAACUAUCUUUGACGAAGUUAUUGUGCCAUGUGCUCAAAGAUUCAAGCCAGACAUAAUCCUUGUAUCUGCUGGCUACGAUGGACAUGUCUUGGAUCAUUUAGCUAGCCUUCAGCUCACAACAGGAACUUAAUACAUGCUUUCUGCCAGUAUAAAACAGCUAGCCAAAGAAUUAUGUGGAGGGCGCUGCGUGUUCUUCUUGGAAGGGGGAUACAAUCUCCAAUCUCUCUCUUAUUCAGUUGCAGAUACAUUCCGUGCUUUCCUUGGUGAGCCUAGCCGUGCAUCAGAAUUUGAUAAUCCGGCUUUUCUGUAUGAAGAACCAUCAAACAGAAUCAAACAAGCAAUUCAAAAGGUGAAGGCUAUACAUUCUUUGUAGACUUGGUAGCGAUCAAGUUAUAAAGCAAAUACUUAUUGUAACAGAGCCUUUGUAUAUUUGUAAAUUAUUAAGUACAUGGUAAUAUGGUAUUACUUUGUUGUACUUUACUAAAUCAAAUUAACAGAAAAUAUAUAUGAAGUAUGACAUAUGUAUAUACGUAUAAUUUCUUGAUCUUCAUAUAAAGGAUUUAAGGGAUGCAAUGUAUAUUCUAAAA